CCUGUGAUGUAAGCAGCCUAUCAAGACACGUGAAGGUCAGGGUCUGUGCAGCGCUACUCGCUUAUAAUUAUUGUAUUUACUGAUCUAGACGUUUACGUCUAAGCCAGUGUUUUUGAAAAGUAGUAAUGGACGGUCAGGGAGUAACCGCAGAUCCCCAGCUGCAACAUUUCAUCGAAAUCGAGUCACAAAAGCAGAGGUUUCAGCAGCUGGUUCAUCAAAUGACUGAAGUGUGUUGGGAGAAGUGUAUGGAUAAACCGGGCCCUAAGCUAGACUCAAGGACGGAGGUCUGCUUUGUAAACUGUGUUGAACGCUUCAUUGACACGAGCCAGUUUAUCCUCAACAGACUCGAGCAAACCCAAAGGAGUAAAGGUUCCUUCACAGAGACCAUGUCCGAAUAGCGGCAUAAACGCUCAUUGGACUAAUGGCACAUAUCUGCGUCCGGCCAGGUUGGUCUUGGGUCACCCCAAGCUUGCGUGUAUACUGUGAGGUGAACCCUGUAAGACAAAACAAAAUGUGACAAUUUAAAGAGAAAGUGCCUCUUGCUCUUUGCAUUAUGUCUCCAAACCACUGUUACGUAGGAGGGGACCCACAUUUCAUGGGGAGGAUCUGUGAUGCUUGACCUCUCACCAGUCAAACAGAGGAAGAUGGCAUUUCUGGAAUAAUUUAGAUUGGAGGUAUUGCCUCACGUAUGGUUUUGUCCUGUUUGGUAACAGCUUGUGGUCUUGAAGAAUGAGGACUACUGCGAGACACUUACCUCACCGCCCUCUAAUCCAUCGAAUGUCACAGCUCGCAUAAAGGACAUUUGGAUUUGUUUCAUUGUUGUUGGGAACGAUGGAAUAUGUCUUGUCAGAUGAGUCAUGUCAUUGUAUAUUGGCAAUAAAAAAGGAAACAACAA